UCUCUUGGUAGCUAACUUUUGUCGGCAAUCGAAAGUUUUUGAUCAACGUUGAACUUUAGUAUUUUGCAAAAAGGAAAGAUAUUGUUAGAAAAUGUCAACGGUAGCGAGUCCUUUGGCCGUAGGAGGUGUUCGACAGUCCGGAGCACCUGUACGAACACAGAAUGUGAUGGCUGCUUGUGCUAUUGCCAACAUAGUAAAGAGCUCUUUGGGUCCUGUUGGUUUAGACAAAAUGCUAGUGGAUGACAUUGGUGAUGUCACUGUUACUAAUGAUGGAGCAACAAUCUUACGUUUACUCGAAGUAGAACAUCCAGCAGCAAGAGUAUUAGUUGAGUUAGCUCAACUGCAGGAUGAUGAAGUCGGAGAUGGUACUACAUCAGUUGUAAUAGUUGCAGCUGAGUUAUUAAAGAAUGCUGAUGAGCUUGUAAAACAGAAAAUUCAUCCAACAUCUGUAAUUAGUGGUUACAGACUUGCUUGCAAAGAAGCCUGCAAAUAUAUUCAGGAACAUUUGACAGUUAGCGUUGAUGAACUUGGACGAGAUUGUCUAGUUAAUGUAGCAAAAACUUCUAUGUCGAGUAAAAUUAUUGGAGCUGACACUGAUUUCUUUGGAAAUAUGGUUGUGGAUGCAGCAAAUGCAAUAAAGGUCAACGAUGGAAAAGGCGGAUUUUUAUAUCCUGUCAAAGCAGUCAAUGUCUUAAAAGCUCAUGGCAAGAGUGUUCGGGAAUCUGUAUUGGUGCAAGGCUAUGCAUUGAAUUGUACCGUGGCCUCUCAGGCAAUGACUAAGAGAAUAGUGAAUGCAAAAGUUGCAUGUCUAGACUUUUCAUUGCAGAAAACAAAAAUGAAGUUGGGUGUUGAAGUAUUGAUUACAGAUCCUGAGAAGCUUGAAGCCGUGCGUCAGCGUGAAGCAGAUAUUACGAAAGAACGUAUUCAGAAGAUUCUUACUGCUGGCACGAACGUUGUUCUUGUGUCUGGCGGAAUUGAUGAUCUCUGUUUGAAGUACUUCAUCGAAGCCAAAGCAAUGGCAAUCCGCAGAUGUAAAAAGGCAGAUUUGAAGAGAAUUGCAAAAGCAACAGGCGCACAUUUCCUUACUUCUCUAACGAAUAUGGAGGGAGAGGAAAGUUUUGAUCCUAGUUUCCUUGGAGAAGCGGCUGAAGUAGUACAAGAAAUUGUCUGCGAUGAUGAACUUAUUCUUAUCAAGGGACCGAAAGCAAGGACAGCAAGUUCAAUUAUUCUGCGUGGACCCAAUGAUUAUUAUUGCGAUGAAAUGGAACGGUCUGUGCACGACGCAUUGUGUGCUGUUAAGCGGGUAUUGGAAAGCAAAAGUGUCGUUGCAGGUGGUGGUUGCGUCGAGGCAGCUCUUUCAAUAUACUUGGAAAAUUUUGCAACUUCACUCAGUUCUCGGGAACAACUAGCCAUUGCAGAAUUCGCGAGAUCGUUGCUAGUUAUACCAAAAACACUAGCAGUCAACGCGGCGCAGGAUGCUACUGAACUCGUAGCCAAAUUACGUGCUUAUCACAAUUCCAGUCAAACAAAAGCAGAUCUUGCUGAUUUGAAAUGGGUUGGUCUUGAUCUACUCGAGGGUACUAUCAAAGACAAUAAAAAAGCAGGUGUAUUGGAGCCAGCCAUUUCGAAAAUAAAAUCUUUAAAAUUCGCCACAGAAGCAGCAACAACGAUUCUUAGAAUUGAUGAUAUGAUUAAGUUGGACCCAGACCGGACAAAAGAUAAAUCGUAUCGCGAAGCAAUGGAAGCUGGUGAACUGGAAGAAUAAACUUUAAUUGCAUUUACGUCUAUCUUUUUCAUACGGUUCAUUGUGAAACGGAGAUUUAAAUUAUUCUUAACCAUGCAUAACCAUACCAUUUCACAAUUUAUCAACAAAAGAAACGUUACAUGUUAAGAAAUUUACAUUAAUGUUAAAAUUUAUAU